AUGGUUCUAGUACAAUCAUGGGCUCCUCACCAAGUAUUGCAACCAAUAUCGCAAGUUGAGGUUCCAUUUCAGCCCUUCAGAGAUGCUGGUUAUUCUGCUGCUGACUUUGAAAUCACUAUCCAGGAUAUUGUCUACGCGAUGUGGAGAGCAAAAGAAAGAGAUAUGGUUGACUUGACUAACUUCAACUUAGAAGAAUAUGAACAAUACGAAAGAGUGGAUCAAGGCGACUUCAAUGUGAUUUCAAAAGAUUUUAUUGCAUUUGCCUCACCACAACAAAAUUUGAGAAAGCCUGGGGUGUUAAAUGAGCCCUUCAAGAAAGUCUUGUCUUUUUUCAAAGCCAAUGACGUUCAAUUGGUGGUGAGACUCAAUUCUCAUCUCUACGAUGCCACAGAGUUUACAAAAAGAGGAAUCCAACAUAUCGACAUGAUUUUUGAAGAUGGAACUUGCCCCACAUUAGAUUACGUUAAAAAGUUCAUUGGUGCUGCUGAGUGUAUCAUCAGUAGAGGUGGAAAAAUUGCAGUUCAUUGCAAAGCUGGCUUAGGUAGAACUGGUUGUCUUAUUGGUGCACAUUUGAUUUACACCCAUGGGUUUACUGCAAACGAAUGCAUAGCUUAUAUGAGGAUGAUUCGUCCUGGAAUGGUUGUUGGACCUCAGCAACAUUGGUUGUACUUGCAUCAAAACGAGUUCAGAGACUGGAGACAUACUAUGUGUCUUGAUAACAAGCCGGAUUUCUUUAUUGGUGGCCUUUACUCCUUAGUCUCGUAUGAAGACUUUAAAGCAAGAAUAAAGCAGGAGGCUAAGCAGAAGAAGCAACAACAGCAGCAACAAAUGAACUCGUCCUAUGUCAGUCAGUUCGAUUCGUCAUUUAAUACUCCUAUCCGCAGGAGGAAAAUCAGUGGAGCUUUAGCGUCGAAAAUCCAAAGUGUUGUUCCUAUGGAAUCUCCUGGGCAGCCAAGAAAAUACCGAGAAUCUCAGACUUCUGGUAUUCUUGAUGUUGUCAAUAACUCAGAUGAAGAGAAUCACGGCACCGCUGACUUCAUGCAAGAUGGGGAGCCAACCACCAUAGAGCAGGAGGUUAAUAACGCCGAUGGAGAGAUUUGUCACAGCUCGCCUAAAAGAGACACCAGCGAUUGGAAAAUAUUGAGAUCUAUUUCAACCAACAGUACUACACAACCGGUCUCCUUGACGAAAACAACAACAACGACUACAACGCGAACUGUGAGUACCACAUUAACGUCUUCGCCAAAUUCACCAAACAACCCCAAAUUUCCUAAAUCUCGGUCAAGCACUAUAAUCAGUGCUGGGGUACUACCAGGUAAGAAUGGUUCAAGAGUAGUUUCAGGUGGCAUUAGAAAAGUAAGUGGAAAGAAGAUCUAA